AUGGGGAUCGUAGCAUUCAACUGGGCAGAGGCAGGCAACAACCAACUGACGCUUGUGAUGAACAGAGAAAAUUGGGCAAACAGGGUCAUAAGUAAGGCGUCUUGGGAAGGUCAGAUUUUGAGUGGUCGGAGCCAAGAUAACGACGGAACGUGGUUUGCUAUUUCUAAACGAGGCCGAGUCGCGUUUCUCAUGAGUAUAAACUUGUUGGAUGACCUGUUUGUUCCAAACAACGGCUGCGAGUUGUACCCCAUUGCUUUCUUGAAGAGCAAUAUGAGUCCACUGGAGUUUGCCGACCAUGUGGAACAGCUUGAAGCGGGUAGACACAAAGCGUGGUCUUAUUGCCUUAUAGUCGCAGACAUGGCUUCGAAUUCAAUGGUUCAUAUCAGGAAACCAAACCGACAUGAGCCAAAUGUCGUGAAACAAACCGUUAACUUUGGUGUGCACACACUUUCUCCAUACAACGGUCUUGAUUCCUUAGUCUCUGCCAGGUCCAAGGAUUUGCGCCUGAAACACUUCUUUAAUGAGAAGAUUGUUGAUUUGGGAAACGUUCAACUACCACCGCUUAUCAAGUUUGCUAGGGACUUUAUGUGUAAACCUGAGGGCGAAAGGGGUGGUCAAGACACCAUGUAUGUGGAAAUGAUGGCUAGGCAUCCUGUCACAGGACUUGAUAAUCAACGCCUUGGAACAACAAGUACGACGGUACUGGCGGUGGAACGCACUCGGAGAGUAAAGUUCUUUGAGAGGUACUACAUGGACACUAGUGGUGGUUGGGACGAGCAAGUCUUGAAUUUCAACAUCCAGUAGAGAGAGUUACAAAGAAACAUUGCACAGCAUCCAGAUAUAGUUAUUUACAUAUAAAUAAAUUAAUCAUGUUGAUGUUGUGUAUAGAUCUCUCUAAUUAACAUUGUCGAUUCAGGGAAACCUGUUUCCUUGAUCGCACUAUAUCUCAAUAGUCUAAGAACAUUACCCUUAAAAAAUAAAUAAACAAAAUUGUUGGUAUUCUAAAACUUUC